AUGAUGGAGGCUCACAACGCCGCCGUGCGUCUCAUCGCGCAGCAGGUCCAGCGCUUUUCAGAAAAGAAUAAACCGUUUCGAAUCUACCACGGCUCGACCAACAGCACGCGGACCUCGCAGCGGCGCGCCGACAACACCAUUGACACGAGCCAGCUGACGCACGUCCUGUCCGUAGACGCGGCCUCCAAGACGGCCCUCGUGGAGCCCAAUGUCCCCAUGGAUGCGCUCGUCGACGCCACCCUCGCGCAUGGCCUCGUGCCGCCGGUGGUGAUGGAGUUCCCGGGCAUCACCACCGGCGGCGGCUUCUCGGGAAUGGCGGGUGAGAGCAGCUCCUUUCGGCACGGCGCGUUUGAUGCGACGAUGCGCUCCAUUGAGAUUGUGCUGCCGACGGGCCAGGUCGCGCGCGCGUCCAAGACAAAUAAUCCGGAGCUCUUCUGGGGCGCGGCGUCUGCGUUUGGAACGCUGGGCGUGGUGACGCUCCUGGAGGUGGAGCUGCGCGACGCAAAGGAAUACGUCGAGCUGACGUAUUCCCUGACGACGAAUAGCAAAGACACUGUCAAGGUGAUGGAGGACGCUGCAGCAAAAGAGGAGACUGACUAUAUUGACGGCAUUGUGUUCAGCAAGAAUGCUACGGUGAUAUGUAUAGGCAAGCUCACCGACGACCUGCCCAAAGGAAGAUCAUCGCAGCGAUUCUCGCGGCGGAGCGAUCCUUGGUUCUACAUCCGGGCAAAAGAUGUCCUGAAGCAGCUGGAAAAGAAACCAGCGCAAGACGCGGCAAACACAGUUGUCGACUAUAUCCCACUCAGAGAUUACCUGUUUCGCUACGAUCGCGGCGGCUUCUGGGUCGCCAAGUAUGCGUUUCGCUACUUCCUCACGCCCUUUAACCGCAUCACCCGCACCGCGCUCGAUCGCUUCAUGCACGCGCGCGUCAUGUACCGCGCGGUGCACAAGAGCGGCCUCGCCGACAAGCACAUGGUGCAGGACGUGGGCGUGCCGUACGACGCCGUCUCAGACUUUCAGGACUGGCUCGACACCAACUUUGCCAUCUACCCGCUGUGGCUCUGCCCGCUGCGCGUGCAGCGCGACACCCCCCCUGGCAGCGUUGCCGCCGACGCCCAGCACGGCCUGCACUCGGACUUUGGUCGGCCGCACGCGCCCAACCUCAUGAACUUUGGCGUCUGGGGCGACAUGCAGGGCGCCCGGGCGCGGCGCGCCGUCGUCGCGCGCAACCGCGACCUCGAGCGCAAGGUGCAGGCGCUCGGCGGGAAGAAGUGGCUGUACGCGCACGCGUACUACCCCGAGGACGAGUUCUGGGCGCACUACGACCGUGCGUCGUACGACGCCCUCCGCGCCAAGUACAGCGCGGGGUACCUGCCGAGCGUGUACGACAAGGUGAGGGUGGAUGUGGACGCGGAGGAGGCGGCGGUGCGAGCCACGUGGAAGACGAGGGCCAAGCACCAGGUGAAGGAGAUUUGGCCGGUCAGAGGGGUGUACGGGUUCUACAAGGCGGCUGUUGGAGGGGAUUAUUUGCUGCAAAAGACAAAGACGAAGUCUGUGGAAAAGGUCGACGGGAGCAGUUCAUAG